AUGCUUUAUGGUUGUACUUGUAUAUCUUUAGCAAUUUUUGUCCUUUUAACCUCCUGAAUCUGGCUACCCUUCCUCCUAGUAACUUCCCCAGUAUGGCUUUCCUUUACCUUAAUUGCAUACGGCCUGCUGAAAGGUUUAGGAUUUUGGUCACAAUUUCUUCGCCUCUUUAUUGAUGCUUAUAUUUGGCUGCUUUUCCGAAGUGACAAGCCUAGAAAAUACUUAUUCCCCUCCGUGAGCGAACAAAAAUUUUUUAUGGAAAAAAAUUUUGAUAUAUAAAUGAUAACUAUUAUCAUGAAAUUUCGAGCUAAUUCUGUUUAAUUUUAAACAAAUUGCGUUUUAAACAUAAAUUUUACAAAUUAAAUUAAUAUUUGCCUUCCAAUUUUAGAGAAGUGGGAUUUUUUUUUCAAUUCCGAAAAAAUGUUUUUAAAAAAAAAAAAUUAACCCCUCCAUAAAAGAAAAUUUUUUUUGUUCACUCACCAAGGGAGGGAGUUAUGGAAAAAGUUUUACAAUUUUCUCUGCCGCAUGUACCCACAAUCUGGCUGGAAAAUUAUAAACUAUGGCUAUGCUAUCAAUACAGAGACCGGGCACACCAUUGUAUUAGAUGAAGAUGAAGAAACUGAGCGCUAUCCUUAUCAGCUUUAUCAUUAUAUAGCUACUGGGCUUAAGAAAUUCCCAAAUCUAGCCGGAUUAACAGUUCUUGAUAUUGGAUGUGGAAGAGGUGGAGGAUUAGCUUAUGUUGCAAAAUAUUUAAAGCCAGCCAAUGCAAUUGGGAUUGAUUAUUCAAGAGACCAAAUUGAUUUUUGUAAUAAAAACUAUAUGUAUAUCUAUUUGAAUUAAUAAUUAUUAUUUCUAUAAUUAAAUUUAAUUUAUUGUGCAAAUAUACUAUAAUCUCCCAAAUACUACUUUUGUAUGCUCGGAUGCAGAAAAACUUUUACUCAAAAAUGAGCUUGCUGAUAUUGUGAUUUCAUAUGCAUUAAAAUGACGUGGAGAACCAACCCACCCUCUUAACAACUGUAGAUGGGGAGACCCAGAAGCCUUGUGGAAGAGAGGAUGACGUUAGGUGAUGUGCAUCAGUCAGGCUUUACUUGGUUUGGAGGAGCUCAGCGUCAGAUUAGACUGACCGCAGCUUAUUUUCAGGUAGUUUUAUCUCUGGGGAAGAUGAAAGCUUGAUGUUAGGAAGAGAAUGCCCAGGUGAGUCCUUCAGGCCAAUAAGGCGAUUUCCUUGUGUGAUACCGUAAGUUGCACUCUAGGCAACGAGUUCCAUUUUGGUCGACACCUCGGUCAGAAAAUUCGUUUUUCUUUUUUUUAGAAAGGCAACCCAAGUCAGUCGUACAUCACGGUGGCCCAUCCCACUACUACUCCAUCUAGUGUAGGAGCCCAUUUCUAGAGGAGCAAGCCUAUAGGGAGACGGCAGGCAGUCGCAAAGAAGAUAUACAUAAAUAUCUAUCCAAGGUAUAACAGUGAGUUUUUCUUUAAUCUUAACUAAACAUUGUGAUUUCUAUUGAAAGUUGCCAUUGUUUUGGAAAUCUAAGAGCGUUCGUAUCAGAAGUCGAAAGAGUUCUGAAGCCAGGUGGCCAAUUUUUUGUGGCUGAUUAUUUAGCAAUAGGGGAUGUCCCAGAAUUUGAGGAGUGUUUAAAUUCUGCAGGUCUAGAACAGCAGGAAAAGCAAGAUAUAACAGAAAAUAUAUUGAUCUCUUUAAAGUUUGAUAGCAACAGAAGAGUGGAUUGGAUCGAAAACUAUACACCUUUUUAUUUCCAUAGAAUGCUGAAAAGAUUUUCAGGGAUCGAAGGAUCAAAUGUUUAUAACCAAAUGGAGGCAGGAGAUUGGGUGUAUUUGGCUUAUCACUUUAUUAAACGUAAGAAUUAA